UCUUGUUCAUGUCUGGUAAACCCCAGAUCCAAUUCUAAAGAACUGCAGGAGGUGAUGAAGGUUAAUCUGGAGUAUCAGGAAAGACUAGAGGAGCUCCUGAACAGUGAUCGUUUCUUCAGGGAGGACUUUGCUGUUGUUUUGCAGCCCUUUCUGAAGUACGCAGACCCUCCACGCCUCCCGAAUGGGAAAAUUGAUAUGACCUACUUCUGCUCUGACUGUAUCCACAUCACCGUGAAGGGUCACGAGGAGCUGGCUAAAGGACUGUGGAACAACAUGUUUGAGCCUGUGGGAAAUAAGACGCUUCUGAGACGUUUCUCUGGGCCCAUCGGACUCAACUGUCCACCUGCUGAACAUCCAUAUAUCUACACUCGCCCACAAACAAAACAGUUGGAAAAACCAUAUCACUGAGUAWAAGGAGCAUCUACAGCAACUCAGAGUCAGGUCUACUCUUCCUGCUCCUGCCUUUUGUUUAAUCAACAGCUGCUGUCCAACAGCUUUCACAAUAUGAUCUCUCUUUCAUUUAGUUAGAUUUUUUUUCACCUCAGUUAACAAGCACCUCACCAGUUAAUCUACCAGAUAUGAUC